AUGGUCUUCACCAUCUGGCGAUUUUACAUUUGGAUUCCAUUGGCUUCCAGGACAGACUCUUACUAUAGGGCAACACUUGGUUUUGAUGGAGUUUCAGACUCUAUACUCACCCAAAGCUGGCUUCCCAACUGGUAUGCUUCUGAUAACAUUUGCUUGGAUAUUGGUGGCGAUUUUGGAAGUUGCACUUGUGGUUAUAACAGCAUACUUACUCUGGAAGCUUAUGGUAAGCCAGUGUGCCAAUGUGCCCCAGGCUUUUCUCUCUUGGAUGUAAAUAAGAGGAAUAUUGGCUGCAAACAAGAUGAUUUAAGCUACAUAAGUGAAUCUUACAAGAUAGGAUCCUUAAUUUCAGAGGAUCAAUUUGAAUUCUUGGUGAUGGAGUAUGUUGUUUGGCCUUUAGCUGACUGUGAACUGCUACAGCCUACAACAGAAUCUGCAUGCAAGAUUUCCUACGUGCACAAUUGUUAUUGUGCAGUUGCCAUUUUCCAGCAACCUGAGUAUUACAAUGGUACAGGAAGAUGUUGGAAGAAGAAAUUACCACUUUCUCACGGGAGGCCCAACAGCAGUGCAGUUGAAAGAAAAGUACUGUUCAAGAAAUUGAAAUUGAAUAGCUCUUCACAAAGUCCAGGCCUAGGAAAGCAGAAUCAAGCAAUAUUGAUCCUCGCAAUCCUCUUAGGUACUUCUGUAUUUUUUAACUUCUUUUCUGUAACUGCAAUCUCUCUAGUUGUAUUCUUCUUGUGGCAAGGAAAACUAUCAAAUUUCUCCAAAAUUGUUCGUAUAAACGAUCUUAAUAUGAAUCUACGUUCAUUUACAUAUGAAGAUCUUGAAGAAGCUACUGGUGGGUUCAAAGAAGAAUUGGGUAAGGGUUCUUUUGGCACUGUUUAUAAAGGGGUAUUAGCAUCUAGUCAUAACAAAUAUGUUGCUGUCAGGAAGCUAGACAAGAUGGUGAGGGAAGAUGAGAGGGAAUUUGAAACCGUCGUGACUGUGAUUGGCCAAACUCACCUUAAGAAUCUAGUUCGGUUACUUGGCUACUGUGAUGUGGGUGAAGACUGA